GACAUAAUUAAAUUAUUUAAAAAUAUUACUGUCUAAAACGAAAGUUACAGAAAUUCACAUGUGAAAGUCACCGGUAUAUAAAAUGGGUUCAGAUAAAGAACAAAGUACAGAAAAUCUUUCUGAUAAAACAUUAAAUGAUACUACAUCUCAAAUAAAUAAUAUUGAAAAUAUUUCGACUAAUAGUAAAAAUAGUGAAAGAAAAUAUAUAUGUAACUAUGAGGGAUGUAAUCUAGCAUAUUUUAAACAAUCUCGAUUAGACAGACACAUAAGAUUGCAUACAGGAGAGAGGCCUUACAAAUGUUAUUUUCCUGAAUGCACCAAAGCUUAUACUAAUUCCAGUCAUUUAAGAAGACAUAUAGAAACUCAUAAUCUUACAAAAAAAAGAUUAGAAUGUAGCAAAUGUUCUCUAACAUUAAGUAAUUAUUAUAAUCUAAAACGUCAUUAUGCACGUGUGCAUGAUAAUGUUUUAACAUGUAAUGAAUGCAAUGAAAAAUUUAUUAAAAAACGUCAAUUGAUUCGGCAUAUUGCUCUACAUAAUAAUGUUAUGUACAACUGCAGUCAGUGCGAUAAAAAACUUACAACUAUGAACUAUUUAAAGCGUCAUGAAGAAUUACACAAAAAAGGAAAUAAAAGUUAUCCUUGUCCACUAUGCAGUGAAGUUUUUACUAAAUGGAUUUUACUUGUUAAACAUAAAAAAGCACACCAUAUUAAAGAUUUCAAAUGUUAUCAAUGUAAAAAAGUAUUUGCAAAUGGAAAUUACUUAAAGAAUCAUUUAAAAACUCAUAAUGAAACUAGAUGUGUUAUACCAUGUCCAUAUGAAAAUUGUGAAAAAUCAUAUUUUUAUAAAUCUAAUUUGACAAAUCACAUUAAUUAUUAUCAUCUGAAUAAAAAAUUUAUCUGCGAUAUAUGUAAUACAGAAUUAUCGGCUAAAUCAAAAUUAAUACAACAUAUACAAACUCAUACAAACAGUAAAAAGAAAGUUAAGAGAAAAAUAACUAAACAACGUAAAAUAAGAAAAGAUGCUGGCAUUCCCAGAAGGAGUAUGGUAACAGUUCUGUCUGGAUUACAAUUUGAUCAAAAGAGAGAUGCAGAACUCUUGAAAAGAGAAACUAAUAUAGAAUUAAUAAUUACACAGGAUUCCUAUACAAAUGACCAAAGUCAAGACGUAUCUUAGCAAGAAAAUAAUAUAUGAUAAUAAACAAAGAUAUUAUACAUUUUAGUAUAUACAUUAUUUAUUAUAUUAACACUAAAAUUACUAUGACGAGUUAAAUGACCCUUUUUAAUUUUUUUGGAUUUUUUUUUUUUUUUUUGACGAAUGUUUUACAAAUUAUCAUACUAUUUUGUGAGUCAAGAAUAUUUAUUGCUUAAAUUGUAUAUUUUUUUAUUAUAUAUAAAUCACCAAAUGUAUGAGUUUUUAAAGACUGAUUAUUUAAC